AUGAUUGCCUUGUUCAAUAUCGCUAAUGAGCCGACAGAAUUGGUUGUGUUUUUUGACGAAGCACACUACCUGCUUGAUGAGGGCAAGUAUACAAAGGAAAAGGGAAAUGGAAAGGGAAAGGAAACGACAACAAUGGACGCAAUGCUCUUGCGUAUCGUUCGCCUAUGGAUUCGCAAGAAGCGGGGGAAUUUGCAAAUCGUUGCUGUAUUCACCGGGACGACUGCAAAAUUAACCAACUUCAUCAUUGAUGACGACAUUACAAACAAGACGGACACCGAUACUCGUGAGUACACGUCACCCAAACUUGAAUUCUACAUGAGGGGUGAGAAAACGUCCUACACACCAUUUUACACUACCACUACGAUUGGGUGCCUCCGAUUUGUCAAAAUGGAUGAUUCAUCAUCAAAUAAGAGCGAAUACAGCGUCGCCGUUCCUCGCGGGCGGCCUCUUUUUGCUGCCAUGUCCGAACAAGAACUGAAAGCUGGCGAGUCAAUCAUUGUUCAACGUAUUGUUCAAGAUGCUUCACCAAGCGCAUUCAAAAAUACAGCAACGACCUGGCUCAGUGUCCCUGCUACAGUCGACGGCAAUGACAAGCAAACUGCCAAAAUUUGUUUCCCACCAGAUCCUGUUUGUGCGCGGUUGGCAAUGUGUCUCAUGGAUGAUAGUUGGUCCAUGGCUCUUUCAAAAGACAGGACUCUGAAUGGAAGACCAAAAGCAUGGUGGGUACAGAAGAUGAAGGACCUAUUUUCAGGCCAUUUUUGUUCACCGGAAAAGGGAGACUUUGGGGAAGUCAUGGUGGCUUUGUAUUUUUUGUUCUGUGCCGAUAUUGUCCGAGGUAGCUUGAAGGACAAUAAGGACUACACUACUUUCUCAGUACCACUAAAUGAUUGGAUCAAAUGUCUAAUCAAUGAGGGUCGUAGUGGUGAUGAUGGUGACGACGGUGACGACAUGAUGACUCAAAAUAACGAUUGCCAGGUCCAUUUCAGUGCAAUCCAAGUCUGUCGUAAUUAUGCCCGUGCGUAUGAUGACUUGUGGUCUUUACUUCAGAAUGAAGUGUUCUUGGAAAACAUGUACAAAACGGGUGUGGGAUUUUAUGUGUUUGCAGGUUGCAGUGUCAUUGAUGUUGUAUUUGCAUUGCGAAUAUCAGUGGCAGCACCAAGAAAAGACGACGUCACCGCCACUCGCUCAUCCUCAUCAAAAAAGUACCAAUACGUUCCGAUGUUUGUGUCCAUCAAGUCGCAAUCCAGUUUCUGUCCAAAAUCUGCAAGCAUCGAAUGUGACAAGAUGAAAGCAAAAUUUGAAGCGGUGGAAGGUGGUAGCGAGCUUGGUGCCCUUUGCCUCUUGGUAGUGUUUGGUUCAUCUGUCAAGUCAAAAGAUGGAGACUAUACUUUGAAACCAGAUUGCGUCAAGAAUCUUGAAGAGGGAAUGGCAGUAUCCAAAGUGCUGCGGAUACCAACCAAUGACAUAUUUGGAUUGACAGAAGCAUUCUGGGAGUUGACAGGAGUUCAAGAUGAAAUGUCAGAAGUUCUUGCUUCUCACAGCUUUUUGGGUGCCCAUCGAGAAGCUGAUAGCGAGACCACCACGAAUAACUUUACAGGGCAAGUCUUGCGACUCCGCCCAAAAUUAAAGACAAAAAAAGCAGCAGAAACGCAAGGCAUUGUAAGGAAAACAGAUGAAGUGACUGGCUAUUUGGACAAGUUGCUUGCAGGUCUAGAUGACAUCGUUAGAGGACAACCAUCAGAUGGAGAGAAAGAGAAGCAAAAGAAACGAAAGGCAACUGAAGGAAAGACAACCAAAAUACAAAAGCCUCGCAUCUGA